GGCCGGUGCAGUAAAGGGGGCGGUGGAGGAGGAACAUGCUGUUGUGUGAGUGGCGGGGGUUGGCGUGAGAUGGGGGUUUGGGAUGCGUGUGAAGACGGAGCGCCCUUCUCGCCCUUUCGGUCUCCUUUGGGAACUGCCAGCAACUGGCGGAGGUCUCGGAACAGCUGCAGGGCAACAUCCCCCCAGACCCAUCCCCAUCUGCCGCCCUCCACAGUCAUCCCCCGUCCAGACCACAAGCAGCUUCUCUCAAGUGGCCCAUCGUCAACAAAAUACUCCCCAACACAAACAGACGCAGCAACACUCCCCAACGCGCCCAAGAUCAUCUCACAUCCCACUCAGGAACACAUCCCCAAUCGCCAUCCCCAUAAUGUCACUCCUGCCCCGCCUCACCCGUGCCUCGCCGAGGGGUUCAUAUCCAUGCAGCAGGACUUUCUCAACCACGCCCCAUACAUCAUCCCCCCCCUCAUCCCCACCAACCCCGACCCUCAACCGCAUAACGCUGCACGCCCGCCUCGGCGCCGACGCAACCCUCCACCCGCCGCCCACACCCACCUCCACGCACCACCGGAUCACCUUCCCCCUCGGUUUGCGCCAGAGUCGCAGGGACAAGCACACGGGGGAAUGGCAAACGGAUCUAAAGUGGUGUAACGUCGCUGUUAUCGCGCGGGUCGGGAGGAAUGGAGCUCAGUGGGGGGAGUUGCGGAAGGGGUGCGUUGACUGUCUAUGCUUCAAUGGGAAGGGGGGUGGAUGUGUACGUCCGAUCGGGGGGCCUGACGCAUUCUGGGUGGGGGGUUGUGUUUUCUUUUAUAGGGCGUAUGCGCUCGUGGAAGGCAAGAUCAGCUACUACAUCACGAACGACGGGGUGAUGAAGACCGAGAUCAAGUGUUGGGGAGAUGAUGUGAGGGUGACGCGCCGCGCGGAGGAGACGACGUGGCGGCCGAGGGUGGAGGAGGGUGGGGAGGGAACGGGCGGGUAGCGUGACGGAGGAGAGGUUGGGGCCGUCGGAUGGGGGGCCGUCGGGGGACGAAGCAUCCAGCUGCGGAUAGCUGAGAAGCAUGCGAUGUAGAGAGGUGCGGAUUCUGC